ANCUACAGCACUGACUGCAUUCAGAGAGGGAACCUGCAAAGAAAACUUCACAGAAAACUUUUUGUUCUCGUUCCAGAGAAUUUGCUGAGGAGGAGAAGGGAAAGACCAAACCAAACCAAACCAAGAAAAAACCUGUGCGUGAGGGGGGAGGAGAAGCAGGGCCUUUAAAAAGGCAACCACAACAACUUUUGCUGCCAGGAUGCCCUUGCUUUGGCUGCGAGGAUUUUUGUUGGCGAGUUGCUGGAUUAUAGUGAGGAGUUCCCCCACCCCGGGAUCCGAGGGGCACAGUGCGGACCCUGCCUGCCCGUCCUGUGCACUGACCACCCUUCCCAAGGAUGUACCCAACGCUCAGCCGGAGAUGGUGGAGGCCGUCAAAAAGCACAUUUUAAACAUGCUGCACUUAAAGAAGAGACCUGAGGUCACCCAGCCGGUGCCCAAGGCGGCGCUUCUGAAUGCGAUCAGAAAGCUCCAUGUGGGCAAAGUGGGGGAGAACGGGUACGUGGAAAUAGAGGAUGACAUCGGAAGGAGGGCAGAAAUGAAUGAACUGAUGGAGCAGACAUCGGAGAUCAUCACGUUCGCGGAAUCAGGGACUACCAGGAAGAUGCUGCACUUUGAGAUUUCCAAAGAAGGCAGUGAUCUGUCAGUGGUGGAGCGUGCAGAAGUCUGGCUCUUCUUAAAAGUCCCCAAGGCCAACAGGAACAGGACCAAAGUCACCAUCCAUCUCUUUCAGCAGCAGAAGCACCUGCAGGGCAGCUUGGAUACAGGGGAUGAGGCAGAGGCAGUUGGCUUAAUGGAGGAGAGGAGUGAACUGUUGAUAUCAGAAAAGGCAGUGGAUGCUCGAAAGAGCACCUGGCACAUCUUUCCUGUCUCCAGCAGUAUCCAGCGGUUACUGGACCAGGGCAAAAGCUCCCUUGACAUUCGGAUUGCCUGUGAGCAGUGCCAUGAGACUGGUGCCAGUGUUGUGCUCCUGGGCAAGAAGAAGAAGAAAGAAGAGGAGGGGGAAGGAAAGAAAAAGGCUGGAGGAGAAGGAGGGGUGGGAGGAGAUGAGGAGAAGGAGCAGUCCCACAGACCUUUUCUCAUGCUGCAGGCCCGGCAAUCUGAAGACCACCCUCAUCGGAGACGGCGACGGGGCUUGGAGUGUGAUGGCAAGGUCAACAUCUGCUGUAAGAAACAGUUCUUUGUUAGUUUCAAGGAUAUUGGCUGGAAUGACUGGAUCAUUGCUCCCUCUGGCUAUCAUGCCAACUACUGCGAGGGUGAGUGCCCCAGCCAUAUAGCAGGCACAUCAGGGUCAUCGCUCUCCUUUCACUCAACCGUCAUCAACCACUACCGCAUGCGGGGUUAUAGCCCCUUUGCCAACCUCAAGUCAUGCUGUGUGCCCACCAAGCUGAGACCCAUGUCCAUGUUGUACUAUGAUGAUGGGCAAAACAUCAUCAAGAAGGACAUUCAGAACAUGAUAGUGGAAGAGUGUGGGUGCUCGUAGAGUGUCCAGCCCAAGGGGAAUGGGAACAAGAGUUGUCCAGAGAGGACAGUGGCAAAAUGAAGAAAUGUUUAAGGUUUCUGAGUUAAACAACCAGAAAAGUAGAAAUUAAAAAAAUAGUAAACUAAAAACAAAACCUGAAACAGAUAAAGGAAGAUGUGGAAAAAUUCCCUACCUGGGGCUCAGAAAUGAAGCAGUGAAGGAGGUGGGAAUUGAGAAGGAAAGGGAACGGAGCAUCCUUUAUUUCUUCUGAUAUCAAAGGGAUGAUAUCAGUUGCUUGAACAGGAGUAUUGUUGUCUCCUCUUCAGUUCCCUUUCAGGGUGAGCCUGGAAGUCAACUUGUCUAUUCUGCAAUAAUGUGGGGUAGCAUGACCCGAAUAGCAUCUAGAAAGCUAUGAGUUUGAAAGGGCCAGUUACAGGCACUUUCCACCCAGUUACCCAGGUCGUAAGGUAUGUCUGUGUGACCCUCUCUCUGUGUAUAUCAGUGUGCAUACACACACACUAUCCCCCCCCACACAUAUGCACAUAUGCCACAGACCCCGCACACUCAGACACCCUCCCUACAUACACACACACACACACACCACAUAUAGAGGCAUUUCUACACACCCACAUACAUACAUGUAUUGGUAAAAGAACAUAAUGUGCAGGUGGUCACACUUCCUUUUUCUGCAACAAAACAAAACAAAAGCCAACAUAAAAAAUUGAGAAACAGAAGAGAAUAGUAAAGGAUCAAGGAAAAAAGAAUACCAAGUUAUAUUUCGUUAAGGUGCUUAUGAUCUUAGAACUAUGCAACCUAAAUAGGUUUGAAACUGUUUACCUGAGAGAGAACAAAACGAGAGACUUUUUGGUAUUGGAAGUAACCUGAUUAAUUUUUAUUUUCUUCAAGGAGAGAUACUUGAAAGGAAUAUGUUUGUCCAUGUGUUGGAUCCAAACAUUUCUAUAUUUUGUAAAUGUGUUUUUUUUUUUGUUGUUUUCUUUUUAUCGUUUACUAUUUGCACUACAAUGGUGUUUGACCUGUCCAAUCCUUAUUUAACAAGUAUUUUCUUUGGGUGGGGGUGGGAGGGUUAAAAGCUGCAUUUAAUGUGAGCUAUAAAAGAACUGCUACAGCACACAAAAUAGCUAUUUUUAUUAUUAUAAUUAUUAUUAUUAUUUUGUACCUUAAAAAUAGACACAUACACCAAAGACAUUUGUGUGAGCCUUUAAACAGUCUGUUUGUGGUUGGUGUUAUUCACCAUCAAUGAGUCAGGGGUUGGGAUUCAAGGUUGAGUAAAUGGUUUGUGUUCAGGCUUAAAAGACCUGAGAAGUUUGAUUUUUUACUCCUUUUAUAUCCAUGAAACAGGACAUUUCAUACUGGAUGUACAGUAGUUGUACACUGUUGGAAAGCAAGUUUAAUCAAAUUCAUGACAUGCUACAUGCUUGUAUAUGUAUAUAUACAUUGCUUGUGCAUAUGCAUAUCUGUGUGUAUAUAUGCAUGUAUUACAUCAUGUCCAUACACAUUUUAAGCACUUCCAGCUGUCAUUUUUAAAUGUUUUUAAAGAAAUGAAUGUUUGUGUGCAAAACACAGUAUUUUUAAGAAGAGGUUAUAGUUUUUGCUUUUACUCUGAACUAGGUGGGCACAUUUCAAAAAAUUUGAUUGGAAAAAGCCUGGAAAUUCCAGUGAAUAAUUUAGCAAGGCCCUCUUUCAAUGUUCAGAGAUCCAGGUCCCUCCUCUUCCUUGCCCCCACGCCCACUCUACAAGUUAUUCCCUGCUGGAAAAACAGGAAACUCAUGUACAUCAAAGCUCUAGACUGGUUUUUUGGUGUGUUUUUUUUUGUUUUGUUUUGUUUUUUUGCAGCUUAAUUUAUUAUCUAUUGGAAUCAAUCUUAAAUCAGAAGCUUUUUCAGAAAAAAUAGUAACUUUUAGUCCAGAAUAGAAGAGAUAAGUGCAAUUUUUUUAUUUUUUUUUUAAUGCUUAAGGCCUGGUUCUGAGAAAUAUUACCUGCACAACUGGGCUAAA